GAAUAAAUAUUUAAAUAAUAUAAAAGAUGCUUUGCGGGAAGAAGACUGCUUUCCGGUGUUGAUCUCUGUUGGUUAACAGUGAAAUGGAUUUGGAAUUCGAUUGCUCGAAUCUGAGUCUAUGGAAGCAAGCUCUCUCUUCGUACCAGUCUCGAAUAGAAUCUCUGAACAAGCCAAAACUUCUAUCCUUAGAAGAAUUUUACCGCGAAAAACUUCAAUCUCUAAUUCACCGACGAAACCCUAACCCUUACAUCACCACUUCCGAGCUCUCCCAGCUUAUGCAAUGGAAACUCACUCGCGGAAAAUGGCGGCCGCGUUUGUUGGAUUUCGUAUCGGCUCUGGAUGAGGAGUUGGUGAAAUCAUCUUCUCAAAAGGCUUUUGAAUCUCUGCCGGAUAUUUCUAAAGCUGUGAACGAGCUUACGUUGCUCAAGGGGGUGGGUCCCGCGACUGCCUCCGCCAUUUUGGCUGCUUACGCGCCCCACCUGGCGCCAUUCAUGUCCGACGAGGCCAUGGAGGCAGCUAUUGGCAACUCAAAAGAUUAUUCGCUGAAGCAAUACUUGUUUUUUGCUAGUAAACUACAGACAAAAGCGGAGGAGUUAAGUUCUGAAGGUGAUGUUUUCACGCCUUCAGAUGUAGAAAGAGCGCUGUGGAGUUCUGCUAUAGGAGCAAAGUUGCAAUCCUCACAAUCUGAUACUAGUACUAACAAAAAUACUAAGAGAAAGAGGAAACGUUAAUCUUGUAUCUGCCAAUUGAUGGUAAGAUGUGUUAAGAUAUGAAUUAUAUUUCUUUUUUCAUUUUGAUGGGCCCUUCACUUUAAGUUUACUUGAGGGGAUAAUCUAACUGAAUAUUUCUAGUUAUUAAUAUAAAGCAUCUUAUGCAUGAUAAGUAGAAACCUCAGAAGCCGCAGUUAGAACCCUGUUUCUUUCGAAUCCUGCUUCUUUGGAGCUUAUGUGAUAAAGAUAUCUCUGCAAAGGCUACAGUGACUUGAGAGGGUGAAAUAGAUUGUCUGUCUUUCCAGACAUUUAUCUUAUAUUUGUAAGAUUGUUUCCUCAAUUUCCAACACAGUAAUUGUUAGUGAAGUGGUGAAGCUGUGUCUCUUCCACAAUCUGGAGGCACCUGCAUUUCAACUUAACACACUUAUCAGCUCAUAGGGUCUAAAUGGACAAUUGAGGAGAACUAGAGAAUCAGGUAUAUUUGGUUGAAAGGCCUGAUUUUGCUUCAAGAAAUUGGAAAUGGCGUGCCAAACUGGUAGAUCUGUAGGAAUGCUGCUCUUAGGUGGUAGACUGCAAUUUUUGCUGAUGUUAAGACGCAUAUCUUUGAUGUAAUCAUACUUCUUUUUCUUUUAUAAAAAUGUAAUUAUACUUCUUAUUAGGAAACUUCUUGCUUCUAAACAGUGUUUGAACUAGGAAAACCAUAACCCAUAUUCACUUUGGGCCAUUAUCAAAUGAACAAUUGAGAGUGUCUUAAUUUCAUUAUUGGCUUGUAAAAAAACAAAUGGGUUCUAGUGCAAUGAUGGCCCAAGUACGUUGGCCCCCCUGAUGGAGAAACAGCA